UGAGAAGCCCCGGAAGCUAUGACGGAUACGAGUCGCUCUUUGCCCAGAUUGUGACUCGCGUCAGAGAGGGCAUGCAGGCCAUGAAGCGGGUUCCUGGAGAGCCGCGCAACAGCCACGACCAGGACUUGGACUCGGACUCGGAUGACCUGGGAUGGGAAGUCGACUCGGAUCCCACAAGACCCUCCUCGCCUCUCCAUCCGUUCCGCAGUGACGUUCUCCCUCAUCAGUGGUCGCUCUUCGACGAGCCGCAGAGCGCCACAGUCUUCUCUGGCACUGCAUUGAACGCAGCCAGCGACGCCGAGUCCGAAUCCGAGCCUGAGCCCGAGCCCGAGUCGCACUGCCCAGAAACAAUGAAGCAAAUCUUCAGAGCCGAGUACUCAAAGUCGUGCAUGUAUGUCUCGCUGCAUGAGGCCUAUUCGUCGUGCCUAUCGAUUGCACGCUCAGAGUCGCGCCAGCCCUCGAUCGAGGACCUCGUCGGAGUGUUCCAGAAGAUCUCCAAGGACCGAGCCAUCGAGCUAGACUGGGAGGCACAGCGACGAUCUCUUGCGACCCUCCAGGCGCACGGACAUGCCGAAGCGGACAAGAUCGCUGUAUCGCCAGGGGAUGAGCCCUGGGCCAGUACCGAUGCGCUCUUGGCUGACAGCACAGCAGACCUCGAACAACCUGAUCUGCCAGCCGCUGCAGAUGGGCCGACAGUCACUCGAUCCGAGGUCAACAUUCAACUCUCUGCGUCGUCCAGCGAGUACAGCCGCUUCAUGCCAACGCAGAUUCCAGUUCUCGAUCUGAAUUAGUCGCGGAGCAUCCCCGCCGGACUCGAUUCAACAGGGCAUGUCCCAGAUUCGGGGCGACUAAUGCAUCCGGGAAUGUGACCGGUC